AUGAAUGCAAGACAGACAACGACCACCGAAACGAUAAUGCAUAACUUUAUGUGUCUGUAUUCCGUAGAUACAAACGAGUGUGCACCAGUUUCACCUUGCCAUGCGAAUGCAACUUGUAAUAACACAGAUGGAUCUUACAUCUGUACAUGUGAUCCUGGCUACGGUGGUGAUGGACUUAUAUGCAAUGGUAAGUAAUGCAGAACGUAAAUAUUGGAGUAGCAACGACCGCGAAAAUGAUCUGUAGGCUAAAUAACACAUAAUUUUAUCUUUCUGUAAUACGUAGAUACAAACGAAUGUCUACUAGAUACAGCUUGCCAUGGGAAUGCAACAUGUAAUAACACUGAAGGAUCUUACCGCUGCACAUGUAAUUCUGGAUACAGUGGUGAUGGAUUUACGUGCAAUGGUAAAACAUUAACGCACAACAUGAAUAUAUAAGAGUAGCAACGAUCACCACCAAAAUCUCCAAAUAAUGCAUAUUAAUGACUUUAUAUUCCUGUACUACUUUAAUGUAGAUACAAACGAAUGUCUGCCAGAUUCACCUUGCCAUUCGAAUGCAACUUGUAAUAACGCAGAAGGAUCUUUCAUCUGCACAUGUGAUUCUGGAUACAGCGGUGAUGGAUUUACAUGCAAUGGUAAAACAUUAAUGCGCAACAUGAAUCUUGGAGUAGCAUCGACCGCAAAACCGAUCUCUAAAUAGGGCAUAACUUUAUGUUUCUGUAUAUACUUAGAUACAAACGAAUGUCUACCAGUUUCACCUUGCCAUGGGAAUGCAACAUGUAAUAACACAGAAGGAUCUUACAUCUGUACAUGUGAUCCUGGCUACGCUGGUGAUGGGCUUAUGUGCAAUGGUAAGUAAUGCACUAGAUGAAUAUAAGAGUAGGAGCGACCACGACAAAAGUCUCUAAAUAAUCCAUAACGUCGUGUUUGUACCUUACUUAGAUACAAACGAAUGUCUACCAGUUUCACCUUGCCAUGCAAAUGCUACAUGUAAUAACACUGAAGGAUCUUUCGUCUGUACCUGCGAUUCUGGAUUCAGUGGUGAUGGAUAUACAUGCAAUGGUAAGUAAUGGAAAAUUUAUGGAACAAUUGCUGUGUAGAUGCGCUAAGAAAUAAGAGUAAGAGACCGCUUUUGGCGUCGCGAUCGGGGAAUCGGUUAUGUGGAUAAAGAACUCCUGUUACAAUACUUGUUAUGUUGAAUACAUUUAACCCAAUAAACUCUUUACGGCCUUAUGUUUCAUCCUGCGGGGAAAAUACAAGGCCCGCACUGAAAGCCCUAAGAUAAUGCAGGUCCCUAGGGCUCCUCUGGGGAUAAAUGUCGCCAGAGCGUAUGCCAGAUUUGGAGCGACCUCUGUCUGACCUUAUAUUAACCUGAACCCAAGGUUAAGGGUUCGUAGACAGUUGCUAUAACUUGACUAAUUAUAUUUACAUUAAAUGAGUCUAUGGGCAUGAAGGUAACAUUUGGGAACGCUCCUUCAACUAGUCUGUGCCUUUUAGUAUAUAGUAUAUAGUAUGAUAUAGUAAAUUGGUCACGGUUACAGUCUACUCCAGUGAUAGUGUUAUCUCCAAUAAUAGUGGGCUCCCAUAAUAGUCAUCUCCAAUAAUACUUUUGUUCAGCGAUAGUAUUCGCCAUAAGUGUUUUCUGUUAUCCCUUUCGACAAUUGGUUGGGUGGGUGGGAAACUGUUACAGCAGCUUGGAAUAUUAUUUUUUCUAGAUUUUUAAAAUAAGUGAUCUCUUUCAGACAAGUUAACUUUUUUGAUGCCAUCAAAGAUAUAUUGCGAUUGGGGAAAGAUGUUUAGUCAUCAAAUGUGCACGUGUACGCUUUGGCAACAUCAGGAAAACCUUUGAUAUUUUAGGAGGAAUGAUAGCUGUGGACCUGUUACCUUUGUACCGAAUACGAAAUAUUCAAAACCGAAUAUAUAUAUAUAUAUAUAUAUAUAUAUAUAUAUAUAUAUAUAUAUAUAUAUAUAUAUAUAUAUAUAUAUAUAUAUAUAUAUAUAUAUAUAUAUAUAUAUAUAUAUAUAUAUAUAUAUAUAUAUAUAUAUAUAUAUAUAUAUAUAUAUAUAUAUAGCUUCAUGUAUCUUCUUCCAUAGAUACAAACGAAUGUCUACCAGAUUCCCCUUGCCAUGCGAAUGCAACUUGUAAUAACACAGAUGGAUCCUACAUCUGCACGUGUGAUUCUGGAUACAGUGGAGAUGGAAAUACGUGCUAUGGUAAAAAAUUUAUGCACAACAUCAAUAUAAGACAAGCAACGACCAACAAAAGCAUCUAUAAAUUACGCAUAACUUUACGCUUCUGUAUCACUUAGAUAUAACAAACGAAUGUGUACCAGUUUCACCUUGCCAUGUGAAUGCAACAUGUAAUAACACAGAAGAAUCUUACAUCUGCACAUGUGAUUCUGGAUACAGUGGUGAUGGACUUACAUGCAAUGGUAAAAAUCUAUGCACGACAUGAAUGCAAGACAGAAAACGACCACCGAAACGAUAAUGCAUAACUUUAUGUGUCUGUAUUCCGUAGAUACAAACGAAUGUGUACCAGUUUCACCUUGCCAUGCGAAUGCAACUUGUAAUAACACAGAUGGAUCUUACAUCUGUACAUGUGAUCCUGGCUACGGUGGUGAUGGACUUACAUGCAAUGGUAAGUAAUGCAGAACGUGUAUAUUGGAGUAUCAACGACCGCGAAAAUUAUCUGUGCGCUAAAUAACGCAUAAUUUUAUCUUUCUGCAAUACGUAGAUACAAACGAAUGUCUACCAGAUUCACCUUGCCAUGCCAAUGCAACAUGUAAUAACACAGAAGGAUCUUACCUCUGCACUUGUGAUUCUGGAUACAGUGGUGAUGGAUUUACGUGCAAUGGUAAAACAUUAACGCACAACAUGAAUAUAUAGGAGUAGCGACGAUCAUCACCAAAAUCUCCAAAUAAUGCAUAAUAACUUUAUAUUCCUGUAUACUACGUUACUGUAGAUACAAACGAAUGUCUACCAGUUUCACCUUGCCAUGCGAAUGCUGCAUGUAAUAACACUGAAGGAUCUUUCGUCUGUACCUGCGAUUCUGGAUUUAGUGGUGAUGGAUAUACAUGUAAUGGUAAGUAAUGCACAAUUAUGGAACAAUUUCUGUUUAGAUGCGCUAAGAAUUAAGA